AUGACCCUCCAAUUUCCUAUCCAAGAGGUUUCUAAUUUCCUUCCAAGAGAAGAGGCUAACUCAAUUCCUCUCUCAAUUUCACAGCUCUCAAAUGUUCUCCAACUCUUAUCACUCCAUGAAGAUUCUCCUCAAGCAAAAUCCAUGAGAGAAACACUUGAGCAAUGUGAAGGAGAAGCAGUCAUAGGAGAGACCAAAAUAUGUGCCAACUCUGUAGAGUCCAUGCAUGAAUUUGUUAACACAAUAAUUGGUCCAGAAACCAAGUAUAUUGUUCUUACUACCAGCAACCCAUCACCCUCAGCCACCCCUCUUCAAAAAUACACCAUUAUGGGAAUAUCACAUGAUAUUAAUGCUCCUAUAUGGGUAUCUUGCCAUCCCCUACCACAUCCUUAUGCCAUUUACUAUUGCCACUACAUAGCUACAGGAACUAGAGUGUUUAAGGUCUCACUGGUAGGUGAUGUGAACGGAGAUAAUAUGGAAGCUCUUGGUGGUAUGUGUCAUUUGGAUACAUCUGAUUGGAAUCCAAAUCAUAUGAUAUUCAAGAAACUAAGAGUCAAUCCUGGGAAGGAUACUCCCGUGUGUCACUUCUUUUCUAUAAAUCAUCUUUUGUGGGUUCCACCACAGUCUUCAAAAGCCACCAUGUGA